UUACUUCAUCUCCAUAAGAAGUGGUGCAUCCGUCUGAGAAUGAGCUGUGGAACCCUAUCGUCUCUAUUGUGCUUCAGAAGCAUGACUGAGCUGGAGAGGGCGAUGGCUACUAUCGUCCAGGUCUUCUACAAAUACUCUGGACACAAGAGCACGCUGAAGAAAGCAGAUCUGAAGCAUCUUAUCAACUACGAGAUGAGCCAGUUCAUCAAGAAGAUCCAGAAAAAGGAGGCGCUGGACAUGCUGUUCAACGAUCUGGAUCAGAACGGAGAUCUAGAGAUCGACUUCCAGGAGUUCGUCCCCUUCAUAGCCAUGGUGACCGCUGCUUGUCAUGAUCUGGUCAUGUCCAAGCACUUGCACUAAAUCAUCUGAAAAUCAUGCAUCCAUUUACUGCGCAUCAAGUUCUUCUGUGCUUUUAAUCCAUCAGGUUCAGUGGAGCUGCUGCUGUUCUGUCAUGCUUUAGGUUCAUGUGUGGGUACGAAUUGUUUCCAGUAUGAUUAUUUAACACUAAUUAAACAAUGCAUGAUGUUUAU